AUGAAAUCAUCAAUUUCUGUCAUCGUUACACUUGCGGUUGCAGGACUGCAUCAUCAAACAGAAGGUUUCAUCGCUCCAACGCCUGGACGUGCCUCUAGCAUUAGGCUGGACGAGACGACUCUAGAAGACUGGCAACUUCUUGACAAUGGGAGUCUUGUUGGUAGUGUGAGGGAUCAUCCAAGCUUGAAUGAUGGAGAUAUAAUCACGACGUCCCCCCUCUCUUCGCCCGGAAGCGUCAUGGUAGAUGGAUUUGUCACAACGCUGAGUGGAUCAGUGUACAAACUAGGAAGACCGAUGCAAUUGAAGAGUCCAAAUGCUGUGUCCAGUGCAGUUGAAGAAGAUGGAUCAUCAGAUCGCGAUAGCCUGCUCAGGGUUGCUGGACUUGUGCUUACUUUUGCUUCUGGAGUUGCCGUUGGUAUUGGUGUAUCAAAUACAGGAUUGCAAUAG